UUGUAUUAUUGUUAGUUGAGGAAAGGAAGGUGUAUAUAGCAGAUAUGGAAUUUGGGGUCAGAAGAAAAUGAAAGGAGAAAAAAAUACAAACAACCACAAUAACAUGGUCGCAAUUUCACUAUACAGAGGAAAUCUUCACAGAACACCAGACGUUCCUCGUCGAUGGCUUAUGCCAAAUCCAAAAAUCUCUCUUAAAGAUUUCAAAUCCCUUUUAGCUCGUCGUUCCAAAGCACUCUCUCGUUCAAACCCCAAACCCAACCCCAACCCUAACCCUAACCCUAACCCUAAUGGCUCUCAAUCACAACUACCUACCAAUCAUGGUGAGGGCCCAUCCACCACAAACCAAAAAGAAACGGAAUUCGUUGCUUUGAAGAAACCUCUUGAUGGAUCUGAUUCGUUAACUGAUUAUAAGAAUGAUGAUUUGGAGAAAGCAUCUGAAGGUGGUGCUGCAACUUCCAUGGAAAAACAGAUUGAUCCUAUUGUUGGAAAUGAAGAUCUGGUUGAUGAUAAAGAGAAAAGGAAAAAGGAAGUUGAGAGCAAGUUAGAAGUUUUGAAUGCCAAGAAACAUAAUCUGGUGUUAGUCUUAAAGCAGAUUCUAAAUGCAGAAGAGGAAUUGAAGAGACGCAACAGCGUGCAACAGCAAGGGGUUGCAAUGCGUGGUCCUUCUGUUCCACUUAAAGCUGAUGGGACCAAUGAUACCAGUUCAGUCACCAGGUAUAUGGCUCCAAGGUUGGGCUCUGAGGGAAAUCUUGUUGGUGAUGUGGAUGGUGGUGAAGCUGAUGAUUUUACUAAUCAUAAUAUGCAGCAUUCUCGCCUUGUACUUCGGACAAGUAGCAUGUCUCCUUCUUCAGAGUCCCCUCUUAGGAGGACCCCUAGUAUUCAACAGAACAUGGCUUCACACCCUGCUCGGGCAAGUUUCACGGCUGCUGGUAGUCCAUCACGCUUUGCUCAUGCAGGACAGCAAGGGAAUCCAGCUAACCUACCUUCUGUGUCUGUGUCAGGAGCUAGUUACAUUGCAUCAUCCCCUUCCCCAGUAGCAUCUGGUGGCACUUCUGUUUUUAGAGAUGCUCGGCACCAAAGUCCAUGGAAGUAGAGAAGUCUUUUCUUCCUUUAAACAAUGUCAAUGUGUUUUGGAUGUCAAUUUCUGAACUCUAGUUGCUGUAUAUAAUAUUUUCAGAACGAGCCAUGCUACCUCUGUCUCUAUGUACUGAAAAUUCUGUGUAUGUUUUUUGUUUUCUGUCCCCCUGGUAGGGAGGGGGAGGGACUUGGAGGAGAUCUAGCAUGAUACCAUAUUGCCAAAUUAUUCUUUAGCUAGUUUUGUUGAGCUUGAUUUCCAGUUAUUAUUUAUAUUAUAUAUAUAUACUAAGAGCUAUUAUAUACCUUAA